UCUAUCAUCGGUGGAAAGAUCUCUUCAGCCACGACCUUAUCAUCGCUGCUGUUAAGGUAGGACAGAGAUAGAAGCAGAGAGACACAGACAAACGCCCUAGAACAGUUGUUUGGAGACUCUCACUUUUUACUGUUUGGGGGGGGGGGGGGUUCGCUUGUCCCUCAAUUUUUUUUUCUUCUUUUGUUUCCUCAGGUAUCUGAUGAAUGUGGAGGUGCAAGGACUGUGACUAUUCAUGUACCAGAAGAUCUGAAUUGCUUAAGCAUUAUAGACUAGAUCAUCAACAUUAUGGAAGGCACCAUCCUUACCUCUGUCUAUAUGAAAACUGUCCAUUUUCAUGUAAAACAUGGAAUGCUUUAAAGAAGCAUCUUUCUACAAACCACUUUUCUCAGCAAUCCUCAACAGAAGAGAUCUCACAUUUGAAGUGCCACGUUUGUGGAAUCUCAACUUAAGGCUGGAAAUGCAGAGUAUCAGAGCAACCAGAUCCUAUCCUAGUGAUGCAGACUUGAGUGAAGUGGCACAGGCGCUCACACAGACACACCCCUGUCUGAAAGAACCAGGGUCCUUCAACCACAGUUACGGAUGGAAACAGAGGCUCAAGACGAAGAUGUAUAACUAUCGCACAUACCUAAAAUCACACAGUUCAUCAUCUGACGAGCUGACUGUGAAUUCUGUCAAAAGAAAAUCCCCCACCGACGCCCACCCAGCAAAGAACAUAAAAAAACCCAGGAGAGCCGAGUCUAACCAUUACCCAUCUCUACCUCAUGGCGAGACCCCUGAGUCCAUGGAACAAGAGAGAAUAGCCCUUUUGACUGAAGUAAAGAAAAGGAACAAUGGCAAAACAAUAAGAGCGAAGAUGGCUCAGACGUUCGCAUUUCGGAGGCAAGAAAUUGUCAACAAGAAAGCAUCUUUGGAGGAUAUUAUUGAGAGAUGGCCAGCACUCUUCGAAGUCCAAGAGAUAAAUGCAGAGUUCCACAGAGUAACCACAAUACCCCUUGAAGCAAGGUUCAUGGAGAAACUUGACGAGAAGUGCAUCGAACUGAUUCAGGUUGUCAGAAAGAAGGGUGGAGCAACUCGGGAGAAGACAAAGCUCCUGCCAGUUGUAGAAAAGGAUACUGAUAUCGGUACAAGGAGGGAGAUCGCUCUCAAAUGUCUCAUCAUCAACAUGAGAGAAUCAAUGGAUGAUCUGGUCCAAGAAUUCCUGGUGUCGGAGAAGGAAGAGGCUGAACACAUUCUUCAGGGGGCAACCAUGGCAAUCUACAUCAUCAGAGAUGCACAAGCUGCACCCAAAGACAUUGGCAUUAUACUUGAGGGACAAGAGGUUGUGAACGAGUUGCCGUCUGUCGCAAAUGCUGUCGCCAUUCUCAUGGGACUCCUUUAUGUUCUCAAUAUGGAAUAUCCAAAGACAUUGAAACAGACAUUUGAAUAUAUCCAGAAAGUCCUCAUGGAGCUGGACCCGAAAGGCAUGACCACCAAGGUCAAGAAGCUCUACGACCAGCUAUACAGUACAGCUUAGUUGCAUCGUAACAGUAGCAAGUAAAGUAGCAUUAGUCAGUAGUAGUGUUUGCUUUUGCAGCUGACUAGCUGGCAUACAUAUGUGGUGUGACUAAUUUGAGAGCUGACUGACUGACUAGAGACUUGACUGACUGACUGACUUGAGACUUGACUGACUGACUUGAGACUUGACUGACUGACUUACUUGCGCCUUGACUGACUGACUGACUUGAGACUUGACUGACUAACUUGAGACUUGACUGACUGACUAACUUGAGACUUGACUGACUGACUGACAUGAGACUUGACUGACUGACUUGAGACUUGACUGACGGAUUUUACAUUUCAGCCAGGUUUGGCAUCUCACUGUUAAUGUCUUGGGAUUGUACACUGUUUGGUUAUAUCAGGAGGAUUUUACAGUUCAGCCAGGUUUGGCAUCUCACCGUUAAUGUCUUGGGAUUGUACACUGUUUGGUUAUAUCAGGAGGAUUUUACAGUUCAGCCAG